CAUUGUCAAACUCAAAAUUUUUAGAAUUAUUUAUUUGAGGGAUUUGUAUUUUUAGAAAAAUAAUUAGCAUUUAUUUGCUAUUUGGCAAAAAUGGCUAGUGCAAAAAUUAUAGAGUUAGAUGAAACCAACACAUGCAAAAUAUGUGAUAAUGCCUUAGCAAAAUACUCCUGUCCAAGAUGCAACAAAAUCUACUGCUCGUUGACAUGCUACCAAGCAAUGAGCCAUUUAGAUUGUUCAGAACACUUCUACCAAGACAACGUGAUGGCGGAAUUGAAUUUGGAGCCCAACGCUCCCGAUUCAAAAGCAAAAAUGUUGGAAAUUUUGCAAAGGACUCAUGAAAAUAAUAGAAUCCCAUCGCCAUCAGGUUAUUUUGAUUAUAAUGAUUAUAAUGAAAAUGAUUCAGACAGUGAUGUAGAUCUAGAUGGUAUUGGUCUAGGAAAUCUCGGGCCUUUUUCUCAGUUUGUUGAUAUUGAAGAUUUGGAAGAGGAUCUUGAUUCAGAUGACGACGAAUGCAUUGAUAUAACUGAGAGGCUUCAAGGAGUUAAUUUGGAUGAUCCAGAGAAGGUGUGGGGAAAACUCACUGAAGAUGAAAGACAAGAUUUUGUGGCUUUUUUGAAGACUGAAGAUUUAUCCAAGCUGAUACCAUCUUGGGAACCUUGGUGGUUGUACUGCGAGAAUAAUAAAGUAACAGAAGUUGAUGCCAGUGACGAUUUUAAAAAUUCAUGUCCUAAACUUGGAGAUAUUAAGGAUUUUUCUAGUGUGACGACUAAAGUACCAGCCAACUGCGUAAAAUACAAUUUAAUCAACUUGCUCAGUGCCUAUGCUUUCACCGCAAGAUAUUUCAAUGGCGAACAUCAUGAUUUUUCCAACGAAGCAGUAGCUACCAUCGCUACCUUAUCUUUGGCCUUGAAAAAGGGACAGAACUUUGAAAACUUUGAAACUGCUGUCAAGAGUGUAGAACAAGAAUGUAUCAAUUGCGAAUGGAUAAUCACAGACUCGGAAAAUCUUGAUUUAAUGAGGGAUGAUAUAGCGAAGAUACUUAAAGGGCCUAAUACUCAAGAUAAAACUUUUUAUGUGCUUUGUGCCUUGUCCGACUUCCAAAUUUUACUUAGAGAGUCUCAGAAACCUGUGGAACAAGCAAAGGCCACUGGAGCUUUCAGUAAACAGUUCCCGAAUGAUCAGUUUCCAACAGUUCAGUAUGAAACCAAAGAAAAACUCAAAAAGUAUUUGAAAAAGACGGAUUACUUUCUCAGUUUUGCCAAAGAUGUGCUAAGAAUGUGAUAGCUUUUAGGUUGUAAAAAAAAUAAUUUCUUUCGUUUUGGAUUUAAAUUAUGACAAAGUUCGAAAAUUACAUUUUUUUAAAAAUUUUCUUGAAUUAGUCUUUCUUUUCUACUUAUUUAUUUAUUAGCUUAUAAUUGUUGCAUCAUUUCAAGGCAAGCCUAAUCUAUGAUCUUUUUUUUGAAUGAAUAUGUAUUUCUUUC